UGGCUUGCUCAAGGCAGUCUGGGACAGGCACACAGUCCCUCUGCAAAGCCCCACCUCUGCACCUGGCGCUCCUGGGUUGCUAGGGCACAGAGGGCGUGGUAGGAGGGAGGCAGUCUUGUCACGCCCUCCCGCCCGCUGCUCUAAGCUGGUCCCAGUAAUUGGUCUCAUUAGUUGUCUGACCGGAGCCAUUCAACGGUGCAGAUCCCGGAGCGCUGUCAUCCGCUUAGCGCCCUCGCAACACCCGCGCUCCCUCCCUGACACCGCUGCUGCCGCCGCCGUCACCUGCAUCGUCGCCUCUGCUCUCCUCCCGCGCCCAGGGCAUGCUCCGAGGUCCAGCACCCGGCCUCGGCAGUGGCCAGGCUCUCGACCAGUCUGCAGAGACAUGAGGUGCUGCCCGCGGGCCGCCCUGGUCCUGGGGCUGCUGCGCAUUUACCUGGCUCAGGCCAACUUUGCCCCUCACUUCUUUGACAAUGGAGUGGGCAGCACCAAUGGCAACAUGGCACUGUUCAGCCUCCCAGAAGACACUCCUGUAGGUUCUCACGUGUACACCCUAAAUGGGACUGACCCCGAGGGAGACCCUCUCUCCUACCACAUCAGCUUUGACCCCAGCACUAGAAGUGUCUUUUCUGUUGAUCCCAAUUGUGGAAACAUCACCCUGGUGGAAGAGCUGGACAGAGAGAAGGAAGAUGAGAUCGAAGCCAUCAUCAGCAUUUCUGAUGGCCUGAACCUGGUGGCAGAGAAAGUCGUGAUAUUGGUGACAGAUGCCAAUGAUGAGGCGCCCAGGUUCAUCCAGGAGCCUUACGUUGUCCUGGUUCCAGAGAACACACCUGCUGGCAGCAGCAUCUUUAAGGUCCAUGCAGAGGACAAGGACACAGGCUCUGGAGGGAGUGUCACCUACUUCCUACAGAACCUACACUCCUCCAAGUUCACCAUGGACCGCCACAGUGGUGUGCUGCGUCUCCAGACUGGAGCCACACUGGACUAUGAGAAGUCGAGGGCUCAUUUCAUCACUGUGGUCGCCAAGGAUGGUGGCGGCAGGCUUCGAGGGGCUGAUGUGGUGUUCUCAGCCACCACCACAGUCACCAUCAAUGUGGAAGAUGUUCAGGAUACGGCCCCUAUGUUUGUGGGUACACCUUAUUAUGGUUAUGUAUACGAGGACACCCUUCCGGGCUCGGAGGUGCUGACGGUGGUUGCCAUAGACGGAGACCGAGGCAAACCCAACCACAUUCUCUACAGACUCUUGAACGAGAGUGAUGGAGUCUUCGAAAUUAAUGAGACAUCUGGAGCCAUCUCCGUCCUUCAGAGCCCUGCCCAGCUCCGGAGAGAGGUGUAUGAGCUUCACGUGCAGGUGACAGAGGUCAACUCUCCAGGAAGCCCAGGUGCUCAGGCCAUGGUCCCAGUCACCAUCAGGAUUGUGGACCUCAACAACCAUCCUCCAACCUUCUAUGGAGAGAGUGGACCCCAGAACAAGUUUGAACUAUCUAUGUAUGAGCACCCACCCCAGGGGGAGAUCCUUCGUGGACUCAAGAUCACUGUCAAUGACUCUGACCAGGGAGCCAAUGCCAAGUUCAACUUACGGCUGGUGGGACCUGGAGGCAUCUUCCGAGUCGUGCCACAAACGGUCCUGAAUGAAGCCCAAGUCACCAUCAUAGUAGAGAAUUCAGCUGCCAUUGACUUUGAAAAGUCUAAGUUGUUAACCUUCAAGCUCCUGGCUAUAGAAGUGAACACCCCGGAGAAGUUCAGUUCCACAGCAGACAUUGUGAUCCAGCUUCUGGACACCAAUGAUAAUGUCCCCAAGUUCACCUCUCACUACUACAUUGCCAGGAUCCCAGAGAAUGCUCCAGGGGGCUCCAACGUGGUGGCUGUCACAGCUGUGGAUCCAGAUACAGGACCAUGGGGCAAAGUCCAGUACUCCAUCUAUGGGACCGGGUCAGACCUAUUCUUGAUUCACCCAUCAACUGGGCUUAUCUACACUCAGCCCUGGGCCAGCCUGGAUGCUGAGGGCACUUCGAGGUACAAUUUUUAUGUGAAGGCAGAAGACAUGGAUGGGAGGUACAGCCUGGCUGAGGUGUUUGUCACUCUGUUGGAUGUCAAUGACCAUUACCCUCAGUUUGUACAGAGCAUCCAGGAGAAGACGAUGGUGCUGGGAACCCCAGUGAAAAUUGAGGCUACGGACCAGGAUGCAGAGGAGCCAAACAACUUGGUAGACUACUCCAUCACCCAUGCAGAGCCAGCCAAUGUGUUUGACAUUGAUGCACACACGGGAGAGAUCUGGCUCAAGAAUUCCAUCCGCUCCUUGGAGGCCCUACACAACAUCACACCCAGUGGGGACUACUCAUGGUCCCUACAGGUACAGGCCAAGGACCGGGGCUCCCCAUCUUUCAGCACAACAGCCUUACUCAAGAUUGACAUCACAGACACAGAGACGCUGUCCCGAGGCUCCAUGGCUGCCUUCCUGAUACAGACCAAGGACAAUCCCAUGAAGGCUGUGGGUGUGUUGGCUGGAGUCAUGGCCAUUGUUGUGGCCAUAACUGUCCUCAUCUCCACCGCCACCUUCUGGCGUAACAAGAAGUCCAACAAGGUCCUGCCUGUGAGACGUGUGCUCCGUAGACGGCCCAGCCCUGCACCCCACACGGUUCGAAUAGAGUGGCUCAAAUUCAGGAGGGCCAAGGCUGCUACCAAGUUCAUACUCAAAGAGGAUCCUCCCAAUGAGAACUGCAAUAACAGCAGGGCAGGAAUCACAGUGCCCCCCAGAGCUCCAGCUCUUCCGCCACCCCCCAAAAUGGCAUCCACUACAGUGGCCCAACAGACAGUGCCUACUGUAUCUGGAUCCCUCACCCCGCAGCCACCCCAACAAUUACCCAAGCCCAAGCCCUUAGGAGGCGCCAUUCAGUCCUCUCUGGUCUCUGAGCUCAAGCAAAAGUUUGAGAAGAAGAGUCUAGACAACAAGGCUUACUUCUAGAGUGGGUCCCAUGAUUCUUCUCUUCUCUUCCCUUCCCCCAGUGCUGACCCUCAAGGUCACUUCUAUUUUGUACAAUGUUGUAACCCCAUAUACAGGGCUCUGCAAAGGGCUUUGAGCCAAAGAGUCCUCAGAUGGGAUGCAGUUGGCAACCACAGGCCCACUACCCAAAUCCUUGGCACAGCUACAAGGCUUUCUAUUCUUCAGAGACUAGAAGCCCACAGGGAGUCAAGUCUGUGUGUUUCUACUCACCAAUCCUAGACCCCAUAGGCACUGGAAUCCUACUGGGACCUUGUCAUCCUUAGUUGAGAAGUAGGGCCCAGACCACGGGUGACAAGACUGGCAAGAGUCUAGAUCCUGAAGCUUCAGCUAACAGCAGGUUAAUGGAGGUUUGUCCUCAGCUAAAGCUGAAAGUCAGUGAGCUUUGUGGGCUAUAGAAAAGGGCCAAAAUUCUCUGAAAACUCAUGCUAACUCUUUAACUAGAUGCAAUAGAACUGGCAUCUAGAAAAGACUGUGCUCCAGGCAUGUAGGUGUAAGGUGAGCUUUUCUAAGAGUGAGAGCAGAUGUCUCCAGGCUAGCUUGAAGAGACAGGGCAAGGCGGUAGGUGGAUAUCAGGCCUGAGCUCAGGGAAGACUUGUGUGUGGAUCCAGUUCUUCUCAAAACACACGACCUUAGAGAUACUGUUUACACUCUAAUCGUCUUCUUCCUUGCUGUAAAAUGAAGCAAGCAAACCCUAAGAAAACAGCGACUCUGAAGGCUUUCACCAAGUGCAGAACAGCAUGAUUACAAAGUAUUUGUCCUAAGCCAGUUCUCUGGCUACACUUCAUCCAGAAAGUAUUAGCACCUUCAGCAACUCCACCAAGUGUCCCCAGGAGGGACUACACUGAGAUUGGAGACAACCACCAUCCUAGACAGCCACAGUCUGAUCAUGGCUUUCCCUGGACUCACACAACUUUCCCUCCAUUCGCCCCUCAUCCCAUGUCACUCUCAAAGAAGCAAAGUCAGGCAGUAAUAUCCAGUCCAAGUCUAUUUUGCUGACACAGAGAAUUGAGUCUCCCAGAGUACUUUGCUCCAUGAACACAGUGGAUUGGUAGCAGGUAUCUAGUCUGAGAGCUCCUGGUCCACACCGUUUUUCUGUAGUUGGGACACACCUUGUUAGCGUGUGAUAAUCCUACAGGAGAGAAAUCCUGCAAUCUGCCAUGGUUAAUACAUAGAGGUUCUGUUGUCCUUUGAGAAAACACUUUAAGGAAAUUUAGAUAUGUACACUCGGCAAAGCCCUCUAGAAUUCUGUGGUUUCUGAUGUGAUAGAUUGUAUGAAUAUAUGGUUUUCUUGAUGCCCCAGUCUGUGUUCUGAGGUGUUACACAGAUGUGCUAGUAUGCAGAGUCCUCACCCCGAGAUCUGCUGUUGCUGGCCUAUGCAGUAUUGAGGUAUGUACACUAAAAGUCCAGCCUGGAAGGCACUAUCUAGCCCAUGUUUCAGGAAAGUGCUGGGCUGGAUCACGUUUGCCAACCCAGGGAGUUCAACAUCCUAUAAUACGCAUGCAGUCAAACUCUUUUGUAAGUGGUAAAUAAAAUCCAUUAUUCAAAGGAUAAACUGA